UGUCUCUUUUCAGCAAAAGGGACGAGUAAGAAACUAACAAUGCCCGGACCAGUUGAAUUACUCAAGUCUAGUCUUACGCAACUGGAGGAGCAUUUUAUAUUCAUUCAAAGGAUAACUAAUCGAUAUUUCGAUUGGUUCCAUGGAGAACAUUUGCAAGACGUUAACAGUUUAGAUCCUUUGGAAACAACUUGUGGCCAAGAAAACAAUGUCUUUCAUGUUGCAGUAAAAUGUGGAGCAAGUCCGCAAGCUGAUCCUGUAAAGACCUGGCUAAGGGAUCACUCCUUACUUGCCUUUCAGCCAAACAAUAGAGGCGACACGCCCUUACAUGUGGCCGCCAAGUUAGGGAAUAAGAUUUUCGCGGAGGUUCUCAUAAACCAUGUAAGGGAACUAGUUGCUGCACAAGGCCAUAAUAAUUAUGACUAUACAAAUCUGCUGACGAAGGUGAAUUAUGUGGAGGAAAACACAGCACUUCAUGAAGCUGCGCUCAGCGGUCACUUCGAAAUUGCGCAGCUGUUGAUCGAAGCAGACCCAACUUUGACAAGUUUUGAGAAUAAGUCUGGGGAGUCUCCUCUCUUUCUGGCUGUAGAGGGACGAUUUUAUGAUAUUGCUUCCAUCAUUUUGGACACUUUUCCCCAUUGCUCUGUGUUAGGAAGGAGCGGCAUGACUGUCAUGCAUGCUGCUGUCAUUCGUUCGUGCAGAACAAAAGAAACACUGCUGCUUUCAAGAAAUAUUACCAGGGGUUUUGACGAAUUUGUUAAACAAUUGUUAGAGAGAUGUGGAUCCCAGAUUUUAGAAGAAGAAGAUGAGUUGGGAUGGAUGCCUCAUCACUAUGCAGCACAAAUUGGACAAUCAGGAGUCUUUCAACUACUUUUAAAAGCCAGAAGAUGUGUGGCUUACAUCAAAGAUAAACAAGGAAUGACUGCGCUUCACAUCUCAGCAAGGAAUGGACAUAUCGGAGUUAUCAGAACAUUGAUGAAAGAAUGUCCAGACAUUGGUGAGUUGCUAGACAAUAGAGACCGGACUGCACUGCAUAUUGCUGUUGAACACGAACAGGGUUUUGUGGUAAACACUUUAUUAAGUAUGAGAGCUUUCGUUGGUCUUAUAAAUGAGAAAGACAAUGAGGGAAAUACAGCUCUACAUGUAGCCGCUAAGGAUGGUUAUUCUGAUAUUUUUAAACGUUUGGCAAAUAAUCGGAAUACCAACAAGAGAAUCAUCAAUAAGAUGGGGAUGACUGCUUUUGACAUUGUCCGCAAAUCAACAAUAAAUAAUUUUAUUGGAGAGGCUAUUCUUUUAUCGAGCAUAAAUAAGAAAGGCCUUGUUCUAAGUUUACAAAACACUGCGACUGUGAAAAAACCUAUCGAAACAUCUGAACCAAAGGAAGAGAAUGAUAAUCAAGAUGCAAAGCACAUCCUAGACAUGAGCUUAGUGGCGUCGACACUGUUCGCAGGUAUCACGUUUCAAGUAGCCAUUACCAUGCCAGGAGCAGGGAAUUACAAUAGUUCAAAGGGUUUGCAAGCUUUCAAAGAUUUCUCGAUAUGGAAUUCGGCAUCUUUCGGUUUAUCAUUGGGUAAUAUAUUAUUCAACUUCGUAAUUGUGCACUCGAACAGGUUCAAUCGGAGGAAAUACAGGAAGUACAUUAAUAUGGUUACAUCAUUGAUUACAAUUUUCUCCGUUACCACAUUUAUGUUUGCCUUUAUGAUGGCUACAGAAGCACUGACGUAUGAGAAGAAAGAGCUAAAUAGUAUGAGUACGAUAUUUAAUAAUAAUUAUUGGGGUAUGAUAUGUUCCCCUGGGAAUGUUGCAAUGGCUGCAUUCAGUUACAUGUACGUAAUUACUACUUUGGCUAGUUAACUCAUUUUGGUCAGAUGUUACAUUACCAACCACUACCACUGUCAUGUGUGUCCUCUUAAUUUCGUCGUACUAGUUUGAAUUGUUCACUCAGUUUGGUUACCAACAUGUGCUCUAUCUUGAAAAUAUUACGAUCGACCUUUUUUGCUCA